UACGCGUUUUUUCCUAUUUCCCAACACUUCAAGCAACGGGAAGUUCAGAGACUUCACAUAACAAAUGGGCGAGAAAGUUGAAAGUGCGAAGAAGGCCGGCGAUGCCGGUCAGAAGAAGGACGACGGUUCUGUCACUGUCGUUUUUAAGAUCGAUAUGCAUUGUGAUGGCUGUGCUAAGAAAGUGAAACGCGCUGUGAAGCAUUUGGAAGGUGUGAGUGAUGUGAAGGCCGAUCCUGCAUCCAAUAAACUAACUGUUACUGGUAAAGUGGACCCUGCCUCGAUCAAAUCGAAGCUGGAGAAGAAGACCAAAAAGAAGGUUGAGAUCGUCUCUCCUCAGCCUAAGAAAGAUGGCGGUGGCGAUAAGAAGGCCGAUGAAAAAUCAGAGAAGAAGGCCGACGGAAAGUCAGAAAAGAAGUCUGACGAAAAAGCCGAGAAGAAGGCCGAUGGAAAGGCCGAGAAGAAAUCCGAAGAGAAAAAGGCAGACGACAAAAAGGCAAAAGAGAGUACUGUAGUCUUGAAGAUGCAAUUACACUGCGAAGGUUGCAUUCAGAAGAUAAGGAAGGCAGUCAUCAAAUACAAAGGUGUCAAUGGAAUUACAAUAGACGGCCAAAAGGAUCUGGUCACAGUGAAAGGCACCAUGGACGGAAAAGACCUUGCAACGUACCUCAAAGGCAAGUUCAAUAGGUCCGUCGAAGUAGUUCCUCCUAAGAAAGAAGCAACCGCCGCUGCCGGUGACAAGAAAGAAAAGGACGCUAAAGUCGUCUCCAGCGGAGGAGACGGCGGUGGCGCAAAAAUGGAAAUCAGCAAGAUGGAGUUCAGCGGUUACUCAUAUCCGCCUUCAGCAUUUUACUACGGCGGUCACGCCAUGGAUGCUCAGACGAGUUAUCCAGUCCACGGCUUCGCAAAUUCCAGCAGCUAUUACACAAACCAGAAUUACGUUAACCAAGGUUACGCGAUGUACGAUAACUCUCACGCGCCUCAGAUGUUCAGCGACGAGAAUCCAAAUGCUUGCUCCGUCAUGUGAGUGCACAGACAUCCAUCUGCUAUAGCCUGACGUAAUACAUACGCUGUAAAUGAAUUAAAAUCUUAGAAGAAAGAAGAAGAAGAAGAAGAAUUAGAUAAAUCGUUUUUUGAUUUCUGUUCUAUUCUGGUGUGCCGGCCGGCAUCCCGGCCGAUCUGCUGCGGCUAGUUAGUCCAAUUCAAUUCAUUGGGGGAGUUGGUCGUUCUUUUUUUCAUUAUUUUAGUGUACUUUUUGUUCGGUUCAAAUAACCGACAUAAUAAUAGAGAAGUAUAAGAUUUCCUUAAA